CGUCUGGAAUGUUCGGCGGCGGGGCGGGGUACGUGGCGGCCGGCCACGCGUACUGACUGGUCCCGACGAGGUCGCGCCGCCCCUCAAGUACAGAGGGAAAGCUUCUCACCUCACCCGGACUCAAACCCAACUCGGAAGGGGUUCAUGCUGUGUUCCUUCACCCUCUGUUCAUGCAGUGUUGCUCCCAGCCGUUUCUUCACCCACUCGUUCCUUUUUCUUCUUCUUCUCCGACAUUCUGCGCCUUGCAUUUGUUUCCUUUUUUAUUUGUAGAUGUAGAGGCCUCAAUUGAGAUCCUGUGAUUUUGGCAGGCAAAGUCGAUGGCUAAGUCUUUGUAAACAUUUGCUGUCUACUGACAAUUUUUUUCGUUUUCAGCCAAUCUUUGAUAGUCUUUGAUUUCUUCUAGCCUUUGACACUCAGGAAGGCUAUUUCCAGAUUGAGCUAGUUCAAUUGAGGCGAUUUUUCAAACAAAGAUCACUUCUUUUUUACCUGUUCUUGAGUCGUUUGGAAUUCGUUCCCCUGCUCCGUUAAGUAGUGCUCUGUUCUGCUGCUGUUCGAUCGCAUUUGUUUGUGGUUUGGUUGGUUCGGCCAUGGAUCCGUUCCAUGGCAUUGUGAAAGAGGAGGAGUUCGACUUCGACUUCGCCGGCGCGUCGGCGGAGGGCGCGCCGGCGGCGUCGUUGUCUUCGUGGGCCGCCGGCUUGCCGGAGGUGCCCCGGCCGAUGGAGGGCCUCGGCGAGGCCGGCCCGCCGCCGUUCCUGACCAAGACCUACGACGUCCUGGACGACCCCAACACCGACACCAUCGUCUCCUGGGGAUUCGCCGGGAACAGCUUCGUCGUCUGGGAUGCCAACGCCUUCGCCACGGUGAUCCUCCCGCGCUACUUCAAGCACAGCAACUUUUCCAGUUUCGUCCGGCAGCUCAACACCUACGGGUUCAGGAAAGUUGACCCGGACAGGUGGGAGUACGCGAACGAGGGGUUCCUGCGGGGCCAGAGGGAGCUCCUCAAGACGAUGAAGCGCCGCCGGCCGACGUCAAGCCCGUCGGCGCAGCAGGGGCAGGCGCCGCCGGCGUGCCUGGAGGUGGGCCAGUUCGGGCGCGAGGGCGAGGUGCACCGGCUGCAGCGCGACAAGGGGAUCCUGCUCACGGAGGUGGUGAAGCUGCGGCAGGAGCAACAGGCGACGCGCGAGCAGAUGCAGGCCAUGGAGGAGCGCAUCACGGCCGCGGAACAGAAGCAGCAGCAGAUGACGGUGUUCUUGGCACGCACGCUGAGGAACCCGGGCUUCCUCCUGAUGCUCGUCGACCGGAAGGGCCUGGGCGGUCGCCGGAGGGAGCUCAAGGACGCGCUCUCCAAGAAGCGCUGCCGCCCCAUCGAGUACCUCUCCCGCGACGGUGAGAGCAGCAGCAGCGCCGCGGGGUCGGCGACGUCGGGCCACUAUGUUCCCGGCAUUUCGGUCGUCGUGGACGGCGUGUCGGAGGCGGACGACGACGAGAGCCGGCGCGAGGAGAGCGUCGGCGGCGGAGGCGAGGACACGGAGAGCUUCUGGGUGGAGCUGCUCAGCCUUGGCCUGGAGGAGAAGCACAGGGAGGGCGGUGGCGGCGAGGAGGAGGGGAGCAGCGCUGACGUGGACGACGACGUGGACGUGCUCGUGCAGAGCAUGUACCACCACAACCCCAACCCGAGCAGCCCCAGUCCCAAGUGAAAGUUCUAGAACAUUCCAGACUCCACCACGGGAAUUACUAUACCAAGUAGCAUUCCAGACUCUGGUUUGGGAUAGGGAUCUACGAUGGGAUAGGUAGGGGUGGGUUUGGGAAGAGGAUAAGAGGUUAUAAACUAUCUCCCUUUGGUACGUAUUAGGUUUAGGAUUGGGAUGAUCAAAAUGUACAUGUUGGAAAAAUAAAAGACAAAAUAAUGAUCUUUACUUUAUUAAAA